CUGAGCAACAGACAACUGCAGGGAUGGGGGAGGGGUGUUCCAUGAGGUCCAGUUGAGGAAGUUAAGGAAGGCAUAGAUAGAGAUUUUGUUUUGUCCCCCAUACUACAGUCCUACAUUAUAAGAGUUCGUAGCCCUUCUUCAUGAAAUAUCCUUCAGCUAUGUAAAAAGGAGGUUAAUAGAUGCCGGAAUGAAGCUGAUAUAGAAAGUCAUCGCAGAGAAGGGAAACUAUUGGAAGGACAACAGAGAAAUUAGAAAGACUAGGAAGAGACUCAGAUAGAAGGCUUUAACUCUAGGAGGUAGGCAGGGGACACUGUUGAUGCAGCCAGCAUAAGUCUGGGGUUAGUUCCUGUGUUUGAGGGUCUACGUGUCAGGAAGAGCUGCUGCUGCUGGACACAGGCCUGCAUCAUCAACUGAUUCACUAGGGCCAUGUCAGCAACAGCCUCAGAGAGACUCUGCCUCCUUCCUAUCUGCUGUACAGAAACCCCUUGUGGUUUUGUAUGAGGCUAGGAGAGUGCUUCAGACUUGAUUCUCAACAUGACAGCCCAAGGUCUUUCAUAUGUCAAGUGGGGGAACAUGUUGCUCUUGGGGAUGAUUUUUCUCCCAAGCAUAUACUGUGACAUGGAAUCGGUAUAUUACUCUUCCUAUGAAAUAGUCAUCCCAAAGAGUCUGACAGGCAAGGGAAGUGAAGACCAUGUAGAAAAGGUAUCCUAUGUGCUAUUUAUGCAAGGCCAGAAGCACCUGGUUCACCUGAAGGUGAAGAGAGACCAUUUUGUGAAUAACUUUCCAGUCUACAGUUACCAUGAUGGCAUCCUGAGGCAAGAACUGUCUUUCAUUUCACAUGACUGUCACUAUGAAGGCUACAUAGAAGGAGUGCCAGGGUCUUUUGUUUCUGUCAACACCUGUUCAGGCCUCAGGGGAAUCCUGAUUAAGGAGGAAAAGUCUUAUGGCAUUGAGCCCGUGGACUCUUCAAAGCAGUUUGAACAUGUGUUAUACACCAUGGCACAUCAAGCGCAUGUCUCCUGUAGUGUCACUUCCAAAGACAGUCAAGUGGUGUCCACCAGCUGGCAACGAGGGAGCAGGAAGCCUCAUCAUCUACAGGCACUGUCCUACUUGUGGUCACACACUAAGUAUGUGGAGAUGUUUGUUGUGGUCAACAACCAGCGGUUCCAGAUGUGGGGCAGUAACAUCAAUGAGACAGUCCAGAGAGUAGUGGACAUUGUUGCUCUGGCCAACAGCUUCACUAGGGGAAUAAACACAGAGGUGGUGCUAGCUGGAAUGGAGAUUUGGACUGAGGGGGAUCUAAUAGAGGUCCCAGUGGACUUGCAGGUUACACUCAGGAACUUCAAUAGCUGGAGACGAGAGAAGCUCUUCCAUCGUGUGAAGCAUGAUGUUGCCCACAUGAUCGUUGGACAUCAUCCUGGAGAGAGUAUGGGCCAGGCAUUUCUCAAUGGUGCCUGUUCAAGUGGUUUUGCAGCAGCCGUUGAAUCCUUCCACCAUGAAGAUAUCCUCCUGUUUGCAGCGCUCAUGGUCCAUGAGCUCGGGCACAACCUGGGUAUUCAGCAUGACCACAUGGCCUGCAUGUGUAAGGAUAAGCACUUUUGCCUCAUGCAUGAAAAUAUCACUAAACAAAGUGGCUUCAGCAACUGCAGUUCUGACUAUUUCUACCGCUUCCUUCGUGAACACAAAGGGGCCUGCCUAUUUAACAAGCCGUGGCACAAAGGCCGCAAGCGUAGGAAUCCAGGCUGUGGAGAUGGUGUGGUGGAAGAACCCGAGCAAUGUGACUGUGGUUCUAAUUGUGACAAUCACCCAUGCUGUGACUCAAACUGUCAGCUGAAGGGAGAUGCAAAGUGUAGUGAAGGACUCUGCUGUGAUUCAUGUCAAUUUAAAGAGAAGGGAAGCGCUUGCCGUGAUGUUGCGCACCCAUGUGACCUCCCAGAAUAUUGUGAUGGUACAUCUAACGCAUGCCCUGACGACAGGAUUAUGCAAGAUGGCUCAAUUUGUAAUAACAUGUACGCUUGUGUUAGAGGUAUGUGUAUGGACCCUACUAUUCAGUGCCAGAGCCUAUAUGGGGAUGGUGCAGAAUCUGCAUCAGAAAGCUGUUACAAGGGGAUAAAUUCAAAAGGGGACCGGUUUGGAAACUGUGGUUUAAAUGGUGACCAAUAUAUUGGUUGUGAAAAUGAAAAUGUAAUGUGUGGGAAACUUGUAUGUACAGGUAUUACUUCGUUACCAAAAACCCAAUCCCAUCGUACAAUAAUCCAGGUCUUUCAUGAUGAUGAAUGGUGCUGGAGCUUAGAUGCCUUUACCGAUGUUGACAUCCAUGAUGAAGGCCAUGUGUUGCCUGGCACUUACUGUGCUGAACACAAAGCCUGCCUGAAUGGCUCUUGCAAAGAUUAUUCUGGAGUCGACUUGCCCUGUUCUAUAGACAAAACGUGUAAUCAGAAAGGAAUUUGUAAUGAUUUACAGCACUGUCACUGUGAACUUGGGUAUGCUCCACCUGACUGCAAAAAUGAAGGAUCAGGGGGUAGUGUGGACAGUGGCCCUCCUGGUGAGCUAACUGUAAAACCCACAAAAGGCACAACUCAAAGUGAUAGCUCUAGUAAAAAGGAAGAAUCUACUACAGAUGUAAUUAUAUUAUUCGCCAUCAUACUUUUUAUAAUCCUAUUAUUAGGUAUACUUAUUUGCCUCAUGGGCCUUCAUAAACCACCACCACCAAAAGUUGUAGAGGCUCCUCCUCCUCCUCCUCCUCCUCCUCCACCACCACCAGCAGAGGCUCCACCACCGGCCCCAGAAGUCCAGCCAGAAGAGGCUGCGGAAGAGCCUGCUGUGGAAGAAGAGGCAGGAGAAGAAGAAGGCGAAGAAGCAGGAGAAGAAGAAGGAGAAGGAGAAGAGGAAGAAGGAGAAGGAGAAGAAGAGGAGGCCUAAGAGAUGCCAAAUAUGUAAAACUCCUGAAGCACUGAUUGGGAAUGAGAGGUUCAGUGAAGCAAAGGUGAAGUGGAAACAGAUGACUCCAUUGGCUCUGCCUGAGACCGUAAAGUUUAUGAAAACAUACUAAUGUGGAAGGAGGAAUUCCUCCACUUUUAUUAUUCACUUUAAUAAUUAAGUUUAUAUUUAUUUAAUAUACUCAAUGUCUUAGUAUCUUUUGCUUUUUCACAUUUAAUUCAACUCUUAAAAUGCAUCAUUGGAUGUUAAUGUCCUUAACUCUUUGGGCCUAUUUUUUCAGUCACUAGAAACUGGUUUUCAGUACAUGCAACCUUCCAUUAAGUUGUCUGACAUGCAGAACUACACAUACUUGAAUUUAUUACUACCACUAGGAUUUUCAUUUUAAAAAACAACUACUUAUGUGAGGACAGUUGUUUAUGUGGUUGAUUAUUCUAACUUGCCCUAUAAAUGUGCAUUCACGAAAGGAAGGGUUUUUAAAUCCAAAAAUAAAUAAAACCCUAUUCAUAUUAGACAUCU